AUGAACAUUGACUCGCCUGAGGAGAUGUUGAAUUUGACCAAGUUGAAGGAUCUUGCUCAGCGCAAAAGAAUGGAGUUCAAUGCAAACCUGAAAGGUACUACUGGUGCUGGUGUAAACAGUGGUAGCAAGCUGGGUAACUCUGGUGGUGUUUCUUCUGGUACUGGUGCUAAGGGUAACAAGUCUGGUGUUGCUUCUGGUGUUGCUUCCGGUGGUGUUUCUGGUGGUGUUUCUGGUGUUGUCAAGAAUAACAAGACUAAUGGCCGUGCGCCUCUCAAGACUAAGCAAGACGCCCGUAGGGCUCAAUGA